UCGCAUUCAUUUCUCGAAAGUCGGCGGGCGAAGGUGGCGAAAAAUCAAACGGCAAAACGGCAAAAGCAGUGGCCCGCCUAUCGUGCAAACUUGUUUAAAGUGCCAUAAAAAAGCCACAAAAAAAACAGAGAAAUAUAAAAAAGAGCAGACGCGACUGGCGCCGGUGCCCCAAUAAUAAAUUUUCCGGCGAGUGUGCAACUUUUUUCUGUGUUUUUUAAAAAACCAGUAAUACAAUUAAACUGCAAGUGCAGUGCUGAAAAUGCCCUGAAUUAAGUCAAUUUCAGGUUGUACAAAAUGCCGUAACAUUGGCUAGCAGUUGGGCAAUCAAAGUGAGCCAGUUAAUAUCAUCUAGAAGUUCGUCUAUUGAAGAAUUACAGACAUGAAUUGGGUUAUCUAUAGCUGGCCUUGGCUACUUUUGGCCCUGAUCUCACUGGGCAGUGCAUCACCUGUUCCCAGUCGCCAGUAUAGCUGUAUGAGCUUCCAGGAGAAUGACAACUACCUGCAUGAUGAUGAUGGCGAUCAGGACUCGAGUGGCGAAGUGCAGGAGCAGCAGAUUGAGUCCACUCCGGUGCCCAGCGAACCACAUAGACGCACCUGCUCCGAUGGCUAUACCUUUUGCUUUACCCUCUGGAACCAGUCGCCCAAUGGCACCAGAGUUGUCAAGCAGGGUUGCUGGAAGGACAAUACUGAUCGCCCCUCGAUCUGCAGCCAGUCGGAGUGCACUAGUUCGGCACCCACCACCACCACCAGUUCGUUGUACUACUGCUGCUGUUCGGGGGAUGUGUGCAAUGCCCAGUACGCCGUGGUGGAACCUGCUCCCCUGGAACUGGGCUCCAAUGAAGCGAGGAAUUCGAUUACAAAUCGGGCCACUGCCAAGCAGCAUCAAUCCUUUUUGGCCAGCACAAUGCUGGGCUUGGCCGGCGUCCUCACAGCCCUCAUGAUUGGCAUCUUCCUGGCCGUUCAGUACUGCCGGACAGCCAAGGAGAAACCGGAGCCGGAGGAGUCGCCUCUGGCGCCAUCGGGCCCUGGCUACAGCUCCAAUCUUCGCAAUGUGGACAACAUGAAUUUGAUCGGCAUGCUGGGCAGUGGCAAGUAUGGCACUGUGAUGAAGGGACUGCUCCACGAUCAGGAGGUGGCAGUCAAGAUCUAUCCCGAGGAGCAUCACCAGUACUAUGUGAACGAGAGGAACAUCUACGCACUGCCUCUGAUGGAAUGUCCAGCGCUAUUGAGUUAUUUUGGCUACGAUGAACGCUGCACGAUGGACGGACGGAUGGAAUACCAGCUGGUACUUUCGCUGGCUCCCCUGGGAUGCCUCCAGGAUUGGCUGAUAGCCAACACCUUGACCUUCAGCCAAUGCUGUGGCAUGCUGCGAUCCAUUACACGUGGUAUUUCCCACCUGCACACGGAACUCCGGCUGGGGGAUCAGCACAAGCCAUGUGUGGCCCAUCGCGACAUCAAUACCCGGAACGUGCUCGUCCAGGCGGAUCUGAGCUGUUGUAUUGCAGAUUUUGGCUUUGCCUUGAAGGUGUUUGGUUCCAAGUACGAGUACAAGGGCGAGGUGGCCAUGGCCGAGACGAAGAGCAUCAAUGAGGUGGGCACCUUGCGCUACAUGGCUCCCGAAUUGCUGGAGGGAGCUGUAAAUCUACGAGAUUGCGAGACAUCACUGAAACAAAUGGAUGUUUAUGCCCUGGGACUGGUGCUCUGGGAGGUUUCCACCCGCUGCUCGGAUUUCUAUGCCCCCGGACAAGUGACGCCACCGUACAAGGCGCCCUACGAGCAGGAGGUGGGCUCCCAUCCCAGUUUCGACCAGAUGCAGGCACUGGUGGUGCGGCACAAGGCGCGUCCUCUGUUUCCCGCUGGCUGGGGCGGUGGUGCAGCCGCCAAAGUGGUGCGUGAUACCUGCGAGGACUGUUGGGACCAUGAUGCGGAUGCCAGGUUGACCUCGCUGUGCGCCGAGGAGCGGAUGCAGGAGAUGUCGGGUCUGAGGCCAAGAGCCCAGGCUCAACCCGCCAGUCCAUUGCUGAACACAAACAAUCUGGUGGCCACCACCAAUGCCGAACAGACCCUAAAUGUCAUAACCACAACGACAACGGCGGCUGCAGUGCAUCACCAGAUGAGCUCGGAUGCCAGCGGACUCAUACAGCCACCGCCCAAUCAGCAGUUGCCUCUGGCCGCCCUGGAGCGGGAGAAGAACCACCUGAGCUACCCGCAACAGCAAUUGCAACCGUAUCAGGGCCGGAAUCCCUGCCAGGAACGCAACCUGGCUCCCCUGCCACUGCGAACGCCCCCUGUGCUCGUGGAGCGCAGCAAGAAGCACAGUUUCCAGACACAGCCGCAGGAGAACUCUCUAUCCUGCCUGGAGCACGAUGUGAGUGUGGAGGAGCUGAUAGCCAGCCAUCACAAUCACCAGCAGCAGCAGCAGCAGCAUCAUCAUCAGAAGAACACGAUUGUCACCGCGAGUGGGAAUAGCAAUUCCAACUUGGGUCAGGGAUUUCCCAAGCAGCAGAACACGGACCACAAGCUAAGGGGAUGGCAUGGCGUUCGAGCUUUGAUCCACAAGAAGCUCUUCCGCAAGGAGCAUGCCGAGGAGCUGUGCCGCCAGUUGCAGUUGGGCGAGGAGAAGUCCAAUCUGGUGACGGCCCUGCGGCGACCCAACAACCUGGACUUGAGUCCACGACUGGUGGACAAGCCCAUGCCCACGGUUCAGCUGCGGAGUGCCGAGCAGCGGACGGGCACUCCGGCCCACAUUGUGCCACGCUCGCUGUCCAGCAGCCUGAUCAAGCACAUCAACGGCAGCACCAACAACAACUCCAUCCAGAGCCAUGGCAGCGAACUGCAGACCCUCAGCCGUCCGGCUCCGAAGCGAAGACCCGGCCACCUGCGCACCAAUUCCCUGAUGGCCACCACCACCACCAGCGGCACGGGUCAGGGUCCGCCGCCCACGGAGCAGCAGAUGCGCCGCCAGCACAGCCUGGAGGUGUUCCGCGAGGUCUUCAGCGGUCGGGGGAGCAGCGAGCGGUUGAGGGAUCCCAGCGAGCGGGUGAAAACGCCCGGCGAUGUGCCAGCAUCCGUGAGGAAGGCCAGGGCCAGCAAGACCCUGAGCCUGUACGACGAUCGGAUGAUGGACUCCUCCCUGCUCAACAUCCUCUAGCAUGAGGAGGUUCUGCUGCUGGAGCUAUAAACUGAGCGCUGGCAGCAGGACUUGCAACCGCACCCAUAUCUCAUCCUUCAUCGAACACAUAUUCAACGAUAGCCAUGGGGCAGAAGACUCGAAUCGCUUCCUGGAAAAGUCUUCUCACAAAUCAGCAAAGAACUCAAGGGCUGUUUUGGUUUUCUCUUUAAAUUCAUUUCGAAUUCAAAUCAAAGAUAAUCUUUUACUUGAUAUAUUUUAUAUCUAUGAAGAUUCAUAAAUAAUUUAGGCACAAAGAUGUAUUAAAAAAUUAACAAAACUUUGUUUUUUAAAACGAACUAUUUGAAAUCGAAAGAAUUUACUGAAUUUAAAAGCCCAAAACAGGCCCCACAAACAUUUAUUUUUCGAACAUUGCAGAAGUGGAGUUCAAAGUAUGUGUAUAUCUAGAUGUAUUUUUUCACCAAUCAUCCUAGCGUGUAGUGCGGCAAACAACCAAAGUCCUUAUAGGUUAGAUCAGACUAGAAUCGUACGUGUAUCAGUAUAUAGCCCCCACACACAUAAAUAUAUAUAUUUUUGACUUGAACUUGAACUUGGACGAGAGCGAAACACAGGUAGUAGUCUAUAUAGUUUAUAUAUGAAUGGUUUUCACUCGAGUUGAGCUUAGGGCAAGCGGGGAAAACAGGAGCAAAGGGGCUUAGUCGGACCACUUUUAUAGAGCCAUAUAUAGUAACGAUCUGCAUUAGGAGUAUAUCUUCAACUAAGCAUUGUACUGGAAUAUUUAGUCAUUACAUAAUUACACAUUUAAGCCCCGGAAUGGGUUGUCAUUAUACUGCAAAACGUGUAUACAAACAAAAGAGCACAAAAUACUCGAAGGAAAAUAUCUGGUUAACAAAUUAUAAAUUCUUUUUUUUUGGGAUGACAUCCCAAGACACAUGCUCAAGUAUUCGGCAACCCUAUCUAGUAUACCCCAUUUGGAAGAAUUUUCGAUGAAUGCCUUUUUGUCGUUCUCUUUAGUACUUAGACCAAAACACCCGCAGCCUUUCAAUCACAUUAAAUGCAAGUCUAGUUAUAUAUAAUUUACACUUACUAUAAUUAUAAACUAAUUUAAUAUAAUUAAUAAACGAAUUAUUUAAAAGUGA